AUUUUAAAAUCAGUUCGAUUCUGGUGAUCGACGAGUUACCAAGUGUCGCGGAAAGAUCGAUAAUGCAGUACUCUUAUCUACUGGCAAUAUGUGUCAGCCUGCUGCUUCUGAAACUGGAGUGGACAGCAGCAACUACCAUUCCCGCUGAACCAUGCCCGGAACUUUUAAAAGCGGCCAGGGAAAUGGGAUUGGAUGAAGCUGCCAUUCGAGAAUUGUGGAAUAGCAAGAAGCCGCUGGUUAUCAGAAAUCAAAACGAUGCUGGUUCUAUCACCUCUGUGAGCACCUAUGUGCUAAGUCCGGAUGGCAGAUCGAUGUCAAGGAACACGGUAUCAGAGCAAACACUGCCUGCUAGGCUAGCGGAUAAUGUCCCCUCCAAGCCCCAGGAAGAUUGGGAGUACGUGCCGAGUCAGUUCAGUACUAUUGGAGAAUCUAACAUCGGGACAGAUAAUUUGAUAGGUAAUUUUUUUGGAAAGGGUUUCCGGACGCCUUUAUUGAUUCCCAACUGGGAUCUGCCAGCGGGAGUGACUCCGCAGGUUACAACCAAGACGGAAACGAAUAGCUCGGGUCAAAAGGUGACCACCACAACUAGAACUUAUAGCGGUGUGCUGGUCCCUGGAACUAAUGUGUUCAAGCAGACAUUCCCCGACAUCUCUAGAGAGCCUGGUCCAAUUAACACAGACUCCAACCCAGCCGAAAAUCCGAACACUGCCGCCUUUCCCGCAGCUCGUACUGGACCUACUGAUUCCAACUCCGUAUAUUAUUCCGGAAACCAAGGGAAACCCGUCUUUGUGCCAGUGAUUGACUCAACCACCACCCAGCGGACUUCAGUUCCCCUGCCCACCCUCGCAGUACCAAGAGUGGACGGAUCGGACCAUCCCAUUGAAGAUUUCUUGGCACAAGUGAAUCUGAGUGCCUCAGAAAUUGAGAAUUCGAAUGGUGAAGUGGUCAAGACGAUUUUGGAUAAGAACGGUAGAAUUCUAACUGCCAGAUUUGUGCUGAGCUCGGUCAAAGGAACUGAGGAAGGUCCUCAGCAGCAAAGGCCGACCAAAUAAAUAGCUCGUUUUAAAUAAUAUUAUAAAGAAAAUAUCGCGAUGUUUCGUAAACAAUGCUUAGAAUGCCAUAGCGCAGCUAAAUAAAUGAGCUUAUCAGCCGAGCCUAGGCCCAGAAAAUAUAACACAAGUUCUAAGUCAAUCUA